CUUUGUCACACUGUUCUUCUGUUUCUGCUUGCAUAUUUUACAAAUAUGAAUUGAUAUCUUUUGAAAAAAAAUAUGUUUAAAUAGCAUUUAUGUUUCUGUAUUGUGUUAUAUUUUUAUGCUAGUAACUGGUGUUAAAAAUUGGUCCGACCCUCAAUGAGCCGGUGUGUUAUGAUGUGGCGUGUUGUGGGCCGGGUGUGGAGGUCCACUCUGGUGGACCACUUUUUUUGGUCCCAGUCCACCCCUGAUUAUUGCUAUAAUGCUAAAUAAAAUGUGCUGAAAUUUUAAAUAUCGACGUUCAAACACCCCAAUGAGGGCCCCAUUUCCUACAUUUUGCCUAGGGCACCCAAAUCACUAAAUCCGCCCUUGGCUAUGUUUAAAUAGUGAAAGUAAGAACAUUUCCACAUGCACAACGCGGUGAUAACUUGAAGGAUACACAGCUAUGUGGCCUAAUGAGUGUGAGGUUAAUCAGAUAAAAACGACUUCAGUUUGCUAGAGAGCAUAAAGAUUGGACUGUGGAGCAAAGGAAAAAGGUCAUGUGGCCUGAUGAGUCCAGAUUUACCCUACAAAGCCAUGGGUACAUCAGGGUAAGAAGGGAAGCACAUGAAGCGAUGCACCCAUCAUUCACAAUCCCUGCUACAAGCCUGCUACACAUGAAUUAGCCACCACAGAGUCCUGACCUUAACCGCAUUGAAAGUCUUUAUAAUAAUGUAUUAAACGUUAUAUGAUUUUUAAAUGAUGUAACUCUGGAUGGAAAUAAAUGUUGUCACGUUGUAAAGGUUGUCGAAACAAUGCCAUGAUGAAUGCGCACAAAGGUGGUACAACGAAAUAUUAGAGUGUGGGACAAAGUAACACAGAAGGGUCUCACUUCACCAAAGGGCUUCCCCGCAUCUCUCUCUCUGCAGUAGGUGAGGGUUUUUUGUAACGUAGGUACAUGUAGUGUAUAUAAUAAAGAAAGAUUUUCUGAAGACACUUAGAAUAGAAGAGAAUAAAAUAGAAUCGAGUUAUACCAGAAUAGAAAAUAACAUCGUAUAGCCUGAUUAUUUCUUAAAGAAUGUUAUGUGUGGCCAUGGCACCACAAACUACUUUAUUACACAGUUACAAAAUACUUAAAACUUCUAUCAAGAACGUAGACAGAAAGAAACAGUGGUAAUAAAUAGCCAUGAAAUAGACAUGGAGGAAACGGUUACAGAUGGAGCAACGCGCUUUACUCUUUGUAACUUGAACCAAAACGAGCGUUUAAAAGGAACCGAAGGCGCAUGGAAGACAUACAGUGUGUCCGUAUAACCUCAGCUUCAACUGUGGGGGAGGAUUGACAAUGACGUUACGACGUCAUCUUCAAAAAACAAUGUGGGCGGGGCAUCCCGCUUUACACCGAAAAGGAGUCGAGCGAGCCAGAUCUUUCACUCGACCGUCAUAAACGUUAGUAGCGCACUAGAUUUGGGUCUCCAGACUGGUUUUGAAAUAAAGUUGAUAAAGCGUAUAAAAAGUCACCAGAUUGAUAGAAUUCUAAGCAAAUGUUUCUAACCGCGGAAAUCCGGAGAUCCCAUAGAGGGAUGCUCGAGUUAUGUUCAGGCGCUCGGUGGCUGAUCUCCAUCUGCACAUUGGUGCUGUUAAUUUCUGGUGGAGAAGGCAGUAAGUGUUAUGCUGAGCAACAUCCUAACGGCACCAUGAGGUUUUAUCUUAAUGAAACUGAACCUGAGUCUCAGCACUACAGCUGGCGGAUUAAUGGUAUUGUUCAUGCCAAUGAAAAUGCUUUUAACAAUACCACCAUUGAGAGCCGAGGUCCUCGUUAUGUCAACUUUAAGAGCUGCCCUGAGAAUGUGACGUACUGGGGUAUACAUAGUGGGAAAACCAUCAACUGUCCACAUAACUGUUCUACAGAGCCACUUCCUAAAGGACUACUGCACCAGAGCAAUGUAAAUGUGGUUGGAUGUGCUAUGGGCAUUCUCGGUGCUGUUCUUGUUUGCAUCAUCAUUGUGUGGAAGAGGCGAGAGCUUCAAAGAUGUUUUCAAAAUAGAAGAGAUUCCUGGUACAGAUGGGACUACAGACAAGCAGGGCAUCACCACCUGUCUCGGGCAGAACUAGUGUCAAAGAGCAUUUCCCAAACUGCCUCACAGCCUACAAACAUGGCCACCACAACCUCCCAUUAGCAACUAGCAUCGCUGCCUACAAACAUGGCCACCUUGGACCUUGGCCACCUUGGAGCAGUUUUCUGGCUCUGCUUGGGACAUUCAGCCCAGGGGGCCGGGGCCGCCAAUUAAAUGGGAUGACUCAUGGCACUCCGGGUGGAGUGCCUUUGGGGG